AUGGCAGACCAGACAACACCCACGCUCGAGGGGUCGCCCGAGCUUCACGGCACCCCUCCCCUAGUCCACAACUUCUGCAUCGCCGCAGCCGUCCUCUCUCCGGUCAUGAUGAUCCUGCCCCCGCGGCGCAUGGACUGGCGCUUCUUCAUGCACUCGAGCAUCUUCUCCGCCUCGACGAACCAGCUCAUGUACGACUGGACGGGCCAGUCAAUCUACCAGCGUGUCGGCGCCCGCUUCGAGGCCAUGUUCCCGACGACUCUUCCCGACCAAGCACAAAAGACAAGGCAGGCCCUGCGCGAGGAGCGCAUGCGUCGCGAGGGCCUCACGGAGGAGCAGAUGCGAGCCAUUGAGUACAAGAAGCGCUCCUUCGCGGAGAGGAUAUGGUACGGCAAGGAGCCCGAGGACUGGGACAAGAAGCGUGGCGAGGAGCACGCCAAGGCGUUGGCUGAGGGAAAGGGAUUGGGAGACCUGAUUGUGGGUCAGGUCAAGGAGGUCUGGGACGGCGAGAAGGACAAAAAGACCGAGGCGGAUAACAAUGACAAGAAGGCAUGA